AUGUCUGGAAAAUAUAGUUCACAUGUGACAUCCACCGAAGUGUCAGACAAACAAGAUGAUGCAGAUAUUGAAGUUUUUGAAUCAGAAUAUCGCACAUACAGGGAAGCUGAGGCAGCUGAAAAUAGAGAGGAAAUUCAAAAUGAUGACAACCAAGAUUGGAAGGUUCCUAGUAAGCUGAAUCUUGAGUUAACCAAUAGUAAAGUGUCUGAGGUUUUCUACGACUCUAUCCCAGCGUAUGAAGAAAAUACAGUAACUUUAAAGGAUUACUAUGAUCACACUAUCAAAGAUAACUUAACCUUAAAAUCGGCAGGUAGCUAUUUGUAUUCCCUUUUUCCAAUUAUCAAAUGGCUUCCUCACUAUAACUUUACGUGGGGUUAUGCAGAUUUGGUGGCAGGAAUUACCGUUGGGUGUGUGCUUGUACCUCAGUCAAUGUCUUAUGCACAAAUUGCGAGCCUGUCACCUGAAUACGGUUUAUAUUCCUCCUUCAUUGGUGCUUUUAUCUACUCUCUGUUUGCCACAUCUAAGGAUGUUUGUAUUGGUCCGGUUGCAGUUAUGUCACUUCAAACAGCUAAAGUCAUUGCUGAAGUUUUGAAAAAAUAUCCAGAGGACCAAGUGGAAGUUACUGGCCCUAUUAUUGCGACUACCCUGUGCUUGCUUUGUGGACUUGUCGCAACUGGGUUAGGUGUACUAAGAUUAGGGUUUUUGGUAGAGCUUAUUUCUUUGAAUGCGGUUGCUGGAUUCAUGACAGGUUCAGCUUUCAGUAUUAUUUGGGGCCAAAUUCCUGCUCUUAUGGGCUACAACAAGUUAGUAAACACUAGAGAGGCGACUUACAAGGUUGUGAUAAACACUUUGAAACAUCUCCCAAACACAAAGUUGGAUGCAGUUUUUGGUUUGAUUCCAUUAGUAAUUCUUUACUUGUGGAAAUGGUGGUGUGGGUCGUUUGGUAUAAAAUUAGUGGACAGACAUUAUAGUAAUCAGCCAAAAACAGCGAAUAGAAUAAAAUCCUUUUAUUUCUACGCACAGGCUAUGAGAAAUGCAGUUGUUAUAAUUGUUUUCACUGCAAUAUCGUUUCGCAUAACUAGAAACAAAUCAAAAGAGAAGCGUCCAAUUAGUAUUUUAGGUACUGUUCCCUCUGGUUUAAAUGAGGUUGGAGUUAUGAAGAUCCCUGAUGGUUUGCUAUCUAACAUGAGCUCAGAGCUGCCAGCUUCAAUCAUCGUUUUAGUAUUAGAACAUAUUGCUAUUUCAAAGUCCUUCGGAAGAAUAAAUGACUACAAGGUUAUUCCUGAUCAAGAACUAAUCGCAAUUGGUGUAACUAACUUGAUAGGAACAUUUUUCCACUCAUACCCAGCGACAGGUUCAUUUUCCAGAUCUGCUUUAAAAGCCAAAUGUAAUGUACGUACUCCGUUUUCUGGAGUGUUCACUGGUGCCUGUGUCUUAUUAGCACUUUAUUGUUUAACUAGCGCUUUCUUUUAUAUUCCCAAAGCAACCUUAUCUGCGGUUAUUAUCCAUGCUGUUUCUGAUUUAUUGGCCUCUUAUGAAACCACAUGGAAUUUUUGGAAGAUGAAUCCCUUAGAUUGUAUCUCAUUUAUUGUUACAGUUUUGAUUACAGUUUUUUCAUCCAUUGAGAAUGGUAUCUAUUUCGCGAUGUGCUGGUCAUGUGCAAUGUUGUUAUUGAAGCAAGCGUUCCCUGCAGGAAAGUUCCUAGGCCGUGUUGAAGUAGCGGAAGUAUUAAAUCCUACAAUUCAAGGCCACAUCGAUUCUAUAGUGUCCCCUAAUGAAUCCCCCAAUGAAUUCAGCAAACAAGUCAAAUCUUCGGUUGAUGCUUUACCAAGUUCAGAGUAUAAGUUUAGCGUAAAAUGGGUCCCAUUUGAUCAUGCGUACACACGAGAGCUGAAUAGUUAUACCAGAGUUCGUCCUCCACCACCAGGUGUGAUAGUUUAUCGUUUUAGUGAUAGUUUCACGUACGUGAACUGUUCAAGACAUUAUGAUGUUAUAUUUGAUCGUAUAAAAGAAGAAACGAGACGAGGGCAACUUGUUAGCUUAAGGAAAAAGUCUGAUCGACCAUGGAAUGACCCCGGUGAAUGGAAAUUACCAAAUUCGUUCAAGAAUAUCUUUAGGGUAAAACGAGGUUUAGCAACAAAAAAUAGUGAGCUUCCAGCAGUUAAUGAUAAUACGAAUUCAGAAUCAUAUGAAAAGCCGCUGUUAAAAGUUGUUUGCCUGGAUUUUUCCCAAGUUGCUCAAGUAGAUUCUACUGCUGUGCAAAGUCUUGUCGAUCUAAGGAAAGCGGUCAAUAAAUACGCCGAUAGACAAGUUGAAUUUCAUUUUGCCGGAAUUAUAUCACCAUGGAUUAAAAGGAGUUUACUAAGUGUUAAAUUUGGAACUAUAAAUGAAGAGUUCAGUGAUACUUCUAUCAUUACCGGCCAUUCUAGUUUUCAUAUUGCCAAGGUCUUGAAAGAUGAAGUUGAUUAUACAGAUGAAGAUAGCCCUAUUAGCGUAACUUGCAGUAACUACGACACUCUGUGCGCUGCAACUGGUACAAACUUGCCCUUUUUCCACAUCGAUAUACCCGAUUUUUCCAAAUGGGAUGUUUAG